AAAGUGUUCUAGCUGAAAUUUCAGACCGGACAGACGUGCUGCGGCUUCGGAGGCAGUGAUCGCAAGCUGCCAGCGCACGCUGCUGCCAAGCUGCAGGAUGGUGCACGUCGCCAGGCCGCUGCUGCUGCUGCUCGCUUUCUUCCUCCGUGCGGAUGCUGAGACACCUCCAAGGUUUACACGAACUCCUGUUGAUCAGACAGGGGUCUCUGGUGGAGUUGCCUCUUUCAUUUGCCAAGCUACAGGAGACCCGAGACCUAAAAUUGUCUGGAAUAAAAAAGGAAAGAAAGUCAGCAAUCAGAGAUUUGAGGUAAUAGAGUUUGACGAUGGAUCUGGAUCAGUACUCAGAAUACAACCCUUGCGGACUCCACGGGAUGAGGCCAUUUAUGAAUGUGUGGCCUCGAAUAAUGUGGGAGAAAUAAGUGUAUCCACCAGACUCACAGUUUUACGUGAGGAUCAAAUUCCCAGGGGCUUCCCUACCAUUGACAUGGGCCCACAGUUGAAGGUGGUUGAGCGUACACGCACUGCCACCAUGCUCUGUGCGGCCAGUGGAAAUCCGGAUCCAGAAAUCACCUGGUUUAAAGAUUUCUUACCUGUCGACACAAGCAACAACAAUGGUCGUAUUAAGCAGUUACGAUCAGAAUCCAUUGGUGGUACACCAAUAAGAGGAGCCCUUCAGAUCGAACAGAGUGAAGAAUCUGACCAAGGAAAAUAUGAGUGUGUUGCCACCAACAGCGCGGGCACUCGCUAUUCUGCCCCCGCCAAUUUAUAUGUCAGAGAGCUGCGAGAAGUUCGCCGUGUUCCACCAAGAUUCUCUAUUCCACCCACUAAUCAUGAAAUCAUGCCAGGUGGAAGCGUUAAUAUCACCUGUGUGGCUGUGGGGUCACCAAUGCCUUAUGUGAAGUGGAUGUUGGGGGCAGAAGAUCUGACACCUGAAGAUGAUAUGCCAAUAGGAAGAAAUGUCCUAGAACUGAAUGAUGUAAGACAGUCAGCAAAUUACACCUGUGUUGCUAUGUCGACACUGGGUGUCAUUGAAGCAAUAGCACAGAUCACUGUCAAAGCCUUACCCAAACCUCCAGGAACUCCUGUAGUGACUGAGAGCACAGCUACAAGCAUCACACUGACUUGGGACUCUGGGAACCCUGAGCCUGUCUCUUACUACAUCAUUCAGCAUAAACCUAAAAAUUCUGAGGAACCUUAUAAAGAAAUUGAUGGGGUGGCGACCACACGAUACAGUGUCGCUGGACUAAGUCCCUACUCAGAUUAUGAAUUCAGGGUUGUUGCUGUCAAUAACAUUGGGCGGGGGCCUCCCAGUGAGCCUGUGCUAACGCAGACCUCAGAGCAAGCGCCAUCCAGUGCCCCGAGGGAUGUCCAGGCACGGAUGUUGAGUUCGACCACCAUUUUGGUACAGUGGAAGGAACCUGAGGAGCCAAAUGGACAGAUCCAAGGAUACAGAGUUUAUUAUACAAUGGAUCCCACUCAGCAUGUCAACAACUGGAUGAAACACAAUGUAGCUGAUAGCCAAAUCACUACUAUUGGCAACUUAGUGCCCCAGAAAACAUAUUCUGUCAAAGUCUUGGCUUUUACCUCAAUUGGAGAUGGUCCUCUUUCAAGUGACAUACAAGUCAUCACUCAGACAGGAGUACCAGGGCAGCCACUAAAUUUCAAAGCAGAACCUGAGUCUGAAACAAGUAUUUUGCUCUCUUGGACACCUCCACGUUCAGACACCAUAGCCAGCUAUGAAUUGGUCUACAAAGAUGGAGAGCAUGGAGAGGAGCAACGGAUUACCAUUGAGCCAGGGACAUCUUAUAGGCUGCAAGGGCUGAAACCAAACAGCUUGUACUAUUUCCGUCUGGCUGCACGUUCUCCUCAAGGCCUGGGUGCUUCUACAGCUGAAAUAUCAGCUAGAACCAUGCAGUCAAAGCCGUCAGCUCCUCCUCAAGACAUUAGUUGCACCAGCCCAAGUUCCACUAGUAUCUUGGUAAGUUGGCAACCUCCACCAGUGGAAAAGCAGAAUGGCAUUAUCACUGAGUACUCCAUCAAGUACACUGCAGUGGAUGGCGAAGAUGACAAGCCGCAUGAGAUUUUGGGAAUUCCUUCGGACACUACCAAGUACCUUUUGGAACAGCUGGAAAAAUGGACUGAAUACCGGAUCACUGUGACAGCCCACACCGAUGUCGGCCCUGGUCCCGAGAGCUUGUCCGUGUUGAUUCGAACCGAUGAAGAUGGUAUGUUGCCUCUGCUACGUCAGUUUGCACCCUUAAUAGACAUUUUUAUUCAGGGAAAGUGGGAAUUUGAUGAUACUACUGAACAUGACAUGAUCAUAUCUGGGCUACAGCCUGAAACGUCCUACUCCCUCACAGUCACAGCCUACACCACCAAAGGAGAUGGUGCUCGCAGCAAGCCCAAAUUGGUGUCCACCACUGGGGCAGUUCCAGGAAAACCACGGCUUGUGAUUAACCACACUCAGAUGAACACCGCUCUCGUUCAGUGGCACCCACCUGUGGACACAUUUGGACCCCUUCAGGGCUACCGUCUAAAAUACGGCCGCAAGGAUCUGGAGCCUCUCACUACUCUUGAGUUCUCUGAGAAAGAAGAUCACUUUACAGCUACAGACAUCCACAAAGGAGCAUCGUAUGUCUUCAGGCUCUCCGCCAGAAACAAAGUGGGCUUUGGGGAGGAGAUAGUGAAGGAGAUUUCUGUUCCUGAAGAAGUGCCAACUGGAUUCCCUCAAAACCUCCACUCAGAAGGCAUCACUUCAACCUCCGUGCAGUUAUCUUGGCAGCCACCUGUCCUGGCAGAGAGAAAUGGCAUGAUCACCAAGUAUACCCUUCUGUAUAGGGAUAUCAACAUCCCCCUUCUGCCAAUGGAGCAGCUUAUUGUUCCCGCUGACACCAUUAUGACACUCACUGGCUUAAAACCAGAUACCACAUAUGAUGUAAAAGUACGUGCUCACACGAGCAAAGGGCCCGGGCCAUAUAGUCCCAGUGUCCAGUUCAGGACACUGCCUGUGGAUCAAGCAGUGUUUGCAAAAAAUUUUCAUGUCAAAGCAGUAAUGAAGACUUCAGUCUUGCUGUCUUGGGAGAUUCCAGAGAAUUAUAAUUCCGCCAUGCCUUUCAAAAUUCUUUAUGAUGAUGGGAAAAUGGUAGAAGAAGUGGAUGGCCGAGCCACACAGAAGUUAAUUGUCAACUUGAAACCUGAGAAGUCAUACUCAUUUGUACUGACAAAUCGUGGAAACAGUGCUGGUGGGCUGCAGCACAGAGUGACAGCGAAGACCGCACCAGAUGUACUACGUACCAAGCCUGCCUUCAUUGGGAAGACCAAUUUGGAUGGCAUGAUUACUGUGCAACUGCCCGAAGUACCUGCAAAUGAGAAUAUAAAAGGUUACUACAUCAUAAUUGUGCCUUUGAAGAAAUCUCGUGGGAAAUUUAUCAAGCCAUGGGAGAGUCCUGAUGAAAUGGAAUUAGAUGAGCUGCUUAAGGAGAUAUCUAGGAAACGCAGAAGCAUCCGUUAUGGGAGAGAAGUUGAAUUAAAGCCAUAUAUUGCUGCUCAUUUUGAUGUUCUUCCCACUGAAUUCACCCUGGGGGAUGACAAGCAUUAUGGUGGAUUUACAAACAAGCAGCUUCAAAGUGGUCAAGAAUAUGUCUUCUUUGUGUUAGCUGUGAUGGAACAUGCAGAGUCUAAGAUGUAUGCAACCAGCCCCUACUCUGACCCUGUUGUGUCCAUGGAUCUGGACCCGCAGCCGAUCACAGAUGAAGAAGAAGGCUUGAUCUGGGUUGUAGGUCCUGUCCUUGCCGUGGUCUUCAUCAUAUGCAUUGUCAUUGCUAUUCUUCUCUAUAAAAGCAGUAAACCUGACAG